UUACUGACGCACUUCAAAGUCGACUGUUGUUAUUUUCUUUACUUUUUUUCUCCAUUUCCAGCAGUUGUCGGUGACAUAAAUCCUAAUUCAUUCGAAAUGUGUUCUCUGGAACUACAUAAAGUUUGCCAGUCUCAGUAAGAGACUUUUAGAAGAACACAAUGGAAGUGCGCUGGAUCGUCGCGCUUGUCCUCCUUAUUGUUGCGGUCGAAUGUAUACCUCUUAAGCCUCCGUUCCUGUUAAAGCGUCUGCGGAGAGCCGUCCACUGGGGUUUAGCCAGCAGUCGACCAAGUCGCACUGACGACACCUUUGCCGGGAUAAGUGUACGAGACGAGCACGGCAUGGAGUCCGACAGAUUUGACCGCACCGUUCACGUUCCUGUGUUUAUCACCAUUGGCUAUGACAGGUUUGGACGACCCAUUCAGAUUAUCAAUCCAGUGCACGUAGCUUCUGCGGGGAAUUCACGGUCGAUGGAUUUAUACCGAUAUCGCCUUGGUCGAACAGAGGAAGAUGACGUCACCAUACCCAGAGAUGAUGAUGAUGAUGAUGAUGAUGAUGAUGACGAUGACAUUGGCGAAGUUCGAGUUCGCGGCCGCAGUGAUACUGGCGACGAUUAUUACGGCGAUUGGUAUCGGUCUAGAGAAUCUUAAUGCUUUUAAGCAAAACAUUUCUACAGCACAUAUUUAUCACAUGCAAUAUGGCGUCGCCAGUUGCUAUGCUACGUAUUAUUCAUUGGAGACGUAUAUUAAUACCUAUCAUUAUUGUAAUAAUAUUUUCAGUUUGUCGGCUGCGUCCUUUGAAGAUGAAUAUUCAGCCUUUAAAUUUUCAUAGAUGGCUGUUGUAGAUUAAUUAUUCCAGUCAUAACUGACUUAAACUUUUCGCAAAUAGCGAAAUUUUUUUAAUCCUAGAACAAUUUGGAGAAAGUCGACGUGCGUUGGAUGUUUGAGAACGUUAAAAUGAAGAUUUUUAGAAGUCUGAUGUGUGUUAACGACUGGAUGCCUUCUUAUUGCUCGAAACUGUUCAGUGAAUGAAUGACUUACUUUAUUUCAAGUUGUGUGAUCUUAAGUGAAAGAAUCCCAGAAUGACACAUGAAAGUUUUCAGACUUAAGAUUUGUUGAACAUGGAAUACUUUUCGCUAGAUUACAAUUGUUAAACAUACAGAGAUACAUAAAGGCGUCAAAAAUGA